GGGACGGGACCAGGCAGGGCAGGAGGGCGCCGCGGCUGGCGGGAUGGGUCCUCGCCGCCGGCUUCGCUGAGACUUGCUCGCGUGGGCUGCCCCGACGGGCCCGCAGUGGCCGCGGCGGCAUGAAGGGCGCUCUAGGGAGUCCCGUGGCCGCGGCCGCCGCAGGCGCCGCGAUGCAGGAGAGUUUCGGCUGCGUCGUGGCCAACCGCUUCCACCAGCUGCUGGACGACGAGUCGGACCCGUUCGACAUCCUGCGCGAGGCCGAGCGCCGGCGCCAGCAGCAGCUGCAGCGCAAGAGGCGCGAUGAGGCGGCGGCGGCGGCGGCGGCGGCGGCCGGGGCCGGCACCCGCGGCGGCAGGAGCCCGGCUGGGGCCUCGGGUCACAGAGCCGGCGCGGGCGGCGGCCGCAGGGAGUCCCAGAAGGAGCGCAAGAGCCUCCCGGCCCCCGGCACACAGCAGCCCGACAGCCCCGGGGCCGGCCCGCAGCCGCCCGGCCAGAAGCGAACUCCGAGAAGAGGGGAGCAGCAAGGAUGGAGCGACAGCCGAGGGUCAGACGUCACGCUUGACAGAGUGGAGCGGAGAUCCUACAGGGAGUGUCGACCCUCUGAGACCGAGAGGCAGGCGGACUUUACACCAGAGAAGUUUAUGGAUGAAAAACCAAUUGACAGGUUUGAUCGAGACAGACUGCUGAGAGGACGUGGAGGCCCACGAGGGGGCAUGCGAAGCAGAGGCAGAGGUGGGCCUGGGAGCAGAGCUUUUGACGGUUUUGACCAGAGAGGGAGACGAGAAUUUGAAAGAUAUGGUGGGAAUGAUAAAACAGCAAUGAGAACUGAAGACAACGUGGGUGGAUGUGGAGUUCGCACCUGGGGCUCAGGUAGAGAUACCAGUGAUGGGGAGCCAGCUGCGCCCAUGGAAGAGGCCGCCGUGGCGGAGGAGUCCCUGGGCCCCCUGGAGGAAGAAUCUCCAGCCAAAGUUCCUGAGUCAGAGGUAGAAGAAGAAACUCAAGUUCAAGAGAUGACCCUAGAUGAGUGGAAAAAUCUUCAAGAACAAACCAGACCAAAGCCUGAGUUUAACAUCCGGAAACCUGAGUCCACUGUCCCUUCCAAAGCAGUGGUGAUACACAAAUCCAGAUUCAGAGAGGACAUGGUAAAGGAUGACUAUGAGGAUGAUGCCCACGUUUUCCGGAAAGCGGCCAAUGACAUCACGUCCCAGCUGGAGAUUAAUUUUGGUAACCUCCCUCGUCCUGGGCGUGGAGCCAGAGGUGGCCCACGGGGAGGCCGGGGAAGGAUCAGAAGGGCAGAGAACUAUGGACCCAGAGCAGAAGUGGUGACACAAGACGUCGCUCCAAACCCAGAUGACCCUGAAGACUUCCCUGCCCUGGCUUGAGAGAGCCUUAUUCCCCGGCAACGGCAACAGCACGGCGCACCUGCGAAGAGACUUUGCUUGCUGUGGGGAGAGUCAGACUCUAAGAACAAUAGAUGUUGCUUUUCCCCGUGUAGUGUGAAUUCGUUGCUCUUUUUUGGCCUGGGGGGUGUGGGCCAGGGAUUUCUCCAGACACUUGUGGGCAGCAGCUCCAGUCAGAGGGUUAGUCUGGCACUUGCCCAAGAAGGUGAAUGGUGAUUAUUUUUUUAUUUAAGGAAUUCCAAAUGAAGUUCAGAAAUAAUGUUUAAAAUGUGUACAGAGAUUGUAUUAAAUCCUCCACACAAGCAUGGAGAGUAAAGUAAGUUGUAAAAUAGAAUCUAUUGAGACUACUAAGUUGUAUAGAUACGAAGGCUGUGUCCUUUAGUGCUACGGAAACGCAUAGAACCUGGACCAUUGACUCAACGCGGGCUCAGCCUAGCUUUCCGAGAACAUGAAAUUUAAAUGCAGUUGUACUGUUUACUUGUAAAUGUUAUACUCCUGGAAUUUUUUUGAGUUCUGGUUUUCCUUUAACCAAUAAUUUUAAACAGCUGUUGCACAGUCACUGGUUACCAGUGUGACAGAAUUAGAGAAAGCAUUGAUUUUUUAAUGGUGAUUUAAACUACCUCGUGGUUUCUGUGUGUAUGCACACACACACACACACACAGGAUAAAUGUGCAUAUUUAGUGUUUGGGUGGCUUUAGGAUGAGUAUUAAGUAUAUGAUUUUAAAAAUCAUGUUAUUUAACCCACCAAUCAAAAGAGGUCCAGGCAAAAGAGUAUUACAGCUUAAAACCACAUCCUUUGCUCCCUUGAAACUAGUGUCAGAAUCCAACUGCCACGUGCAAAGGCCUUCCGUCCUUGUCCUGGGCGUGACUUGUAAAUAAUAGGAAUCGACUGACUGCUGCUGUGCGGUUUUCCUCACUUGGUCCUCACACUGGUUCCGGUUCCUGCUUCCUGCCUUUGGUGACCGUGUGGGGCUAGGAGCUCCCUCAGGGGUUCAGUCACUCACUGAGUUCCCCCCUGACCAGCAGAGCUGAGACCUCCAGAGCCUGCGCUGUCUCAGCUGAGCUGCCUGCGAGGACAGUGCCCAGGACAGGGCAGGGCUGAGGCAGCUGUAACAGCUUCUGGAAGCUGGGGCUCUGCUCUUCCCACUUCACUGAAGCAGCUGCGGGUAACACUGGCCUGCUGUCACACAGUUAAUAUUAAGCUUGUGUUGGAAUUUGAACCUUGGUCCCAGCAUCUGCCUUUUCCCGCUUUGCUAUACUGUUUAAGAUGGCUCUGAACUUGAACCCAAGUGUAAAUAAAGGUUGGUAUUCCCUCCUAA